CUGUUUUUUGCUGCUCAUGGCCCACUGAUUUGGUCGAUAUAUUUAUGGAGAUUUGCUUUCGUGCCUCACUCAAUAGACAAAAUGGCCCAGUUAUUCUUCCAGACUUCACCAGCUAUUUGCACAUGGGCCAUAAGAUGGUACAGUACCCCAGAUCAAGGGUUUGAGUUAUGUGCUAAUCCAACAGAGCCUGGAGUUAAUGGAUGUAACAACAUUGGUUGGGAUGAACUGAUACUCUAUCCAUUUAUGAUAUAUGGAAUAUGGAUGGCAUACUAUGUACCAAUUGUCUUCUAUUGGAAGGCUGAAGUAAUAAAAAAGAAUAAAUUGGCUACAGCAGCAACAGCAAUACUGGCAAAAGAUAAGAGUACUAAGAGCCUAGGAAUAAUAAAUACUAUGGUUCACCUUUUGGGACCUAAAUAUCAAACACAGAUGUACUUUGUUGCAAGCAUUCUAACUGGAUACUUCCUACUGAUACUAGCAUACUUAUGCUAUAUAUCGUUUGUUUUCAGUUGUGUUCACUUUCUUACACUUGUCCUAGUUGCCUGUUACAAUGGAGCUACUUUCUAUAUCAAGGUUGUUGGGAAAGAAUAUUAUAAAAAUGAAGAAAAGAAAAAUGAAUGAAUUAAAAGUUUAUACUGAGUAGCUAACAUGUCAUUUUGUUAUUAGGCCAGUGCAUCAUUGAAUUACAAUUAAUUUGAUUGCAAUGUGUUUAAAUUGAUAUUUUACAAUAACAAUAAUGUCACUAA